GCCAUUAACCGUACGUCCAUCGACGCGUGUAUGGCACUGUUUGUCAGUUCUGCUGUUAUUCCGAGGCGAUUCGAGCAUUCGAAUCUUGGUGACCGCGGUGGCAGUCGACAUUGACAAAAGGAGUCCGAUUGAAAUCAUUUUUCUCGCCCGCACCCCUGAGAAUUCUGUAAACAAUGGCGAUUGUGGAAUCCUGUUGGUCGCCGUGCAUCUGGUCGAACAGCGUUAAGACCGGUUGCAACGCUAUAGCGUUUUACACAGUGGCAAUUAGUGUAGUGUUAAUUACGCUAAUAUGCUAUCAACUAGCUGGUGGCGAUUCCACACAGAUAUACAAUCCGUUAUUUGAAGCUGAUGUAAGGGGAUCUAUGCAAGUUGUCGGAGGCUUCCUCAUCUUCUAUCUGCUUCUGUUGGUCAUAUGCGCUUUGUUAAUGGUUUACGGCAUAAAGGAAGGCGUACGUGGAUGGUUAUUGCCAUGGCUCGUUGGAUGGUUCAUCGUUUGCUUGUUCCAGUUAGUCUUCGGACUAUGGCUUUUAGGCGGCUAUUAUAUUUAUUUGGACUCUGUAUUCGCGACAUUAUGUAAUUGGCUUUGGAUGUCUUACAACAUAUACUGCUGGCUGGUUGUUUUGUCAAUGUACAGAAUAUUUGCGAAGCUGCAGUCUCCGAACAUAGAACUUUUGUGGCCUUGAA